UAUUUUUUUGUUGUGUUUAUAUAAGUGAAUUUGAAUUAUUACUAAUUAAAUGUGCAAUGUAUGUAUUUAUAAAUUGUAGAGAGCAUUGGUUGCUUCUAGUGAUUAAUGUUUGUUCGAGGAUGGUAUAUGUUUUGGAUCCUUUGGAACGUGACCAGGAUAUACAACUCAAGCCUGUGGUGAAUAUGGCAUUCCGAUCAUAUAUGAAUCAACGGGGUCAAAGAGCAAAAAAUCUUGCUCAAUGGAAGAAUGUUAAGUGCCCUCAACAACCGGGAGGUGUUGAGUGUGGAUACUAUGUUAUGAAAUAUAUGCAUGAUUUAUGCACAAAGUAUUCCACAUAUACUUCUUUGGAUAAGGUAUUUCAAGAUCGCACAACGCCAUACUCUAUUGAAGAAAUAGACGAGAUUCGUGAAAUGUGGGCUAAGUAUUUUUGUAAAGAAUGUGUAUAA